AUGAAGUUAGACAGAAAGAAGGACUUCAAAAAAAAACUUGUAACUUGCUUCUCUCUACUGCAAGUGUCGGACCCCAUCAAGGUGAUCGUCGAUGAGACGUUCAUCCACCUGUGCAUUGUUCAUAAAAUUCCCAUCAAGGAGGAACUAGCCAAAUUAGUAAACAGGCAACUGAUGCUGAUGACCACAAAAUGCAUCUCCACCUGCGCCAAAAAAACGCAUAAUGAAGAAACGGCCUACGGAAUUAGGAAGAUAACUCAUUACAAGUGCAACCACAAUGGUGAUCAUGUGAGGAACUCCCUUAGCAUGUUUUUAAAAAAGAUGAAGGUUGAAAGGAACUCCCCCUUUUCGGUGAACAAUUUUUUCGAAAAUGAGGUCUCCGUGACGCAUAACUUUGACAGUGUGUGCAAUGUGAGGGGGCGUCCAGGAAGGGGGGAAGAAGCAAAGGGGGAGGAAGAAGUAUCCAAGGAGGAAGAAGCACCAAAAGGAGAGGAAUCACCAAAAGGAGAGGAAUCACCAAAAGGAGAGGAAUCACCCAAGGGGGAAGAAGCACCAAAAGGAGAGGAAUCACCCGAGGGGGAGGAAUUCCCAACUGGCAGAGAGACAGAGUGGCAAGUGGAGCUGACCGAUUCCAUGAAGUGCAUAAUCGAUUUGGUAAAAAACAACAACGAGAAGAAGUUUUUCGUGGCAACCAACAAUAACGAGUUGAGGUCCUUCCUCAGGAAGGUGUUCAUCGUGCCCAUCAUCUACAUCAGCGAGGGCGGCGCCAUCAAGAUGGAGAGCCUCUCCACGAAGAACACGAACAAGAAGGCGACCGUGGAGUUGCGCAAGAUGAAGAUGCUCAAGUGGGAGCGGGAGCUCAGGAUGUCGGAGCAGAGGAGGGACAAGGAUAAGGUGAAAAAGAGUGGGAACAAAAAUGGGAGGAAAAAGAAGGCGAGGGGGCGAAAUGGGAGGUAG